AUGGAGACGAAUGAACAUGAACGAUCUCCUGAAGACCGUUCAAUCAGCGAAAAAGGCAGAACUGAUAUAACGUUUCAAGAAUUGCCGCAAUACCCCAAAUCAUACCCUGAUGAAAUUUUUCUGGUAGACUUCGACAAAAAUGAUCCUGAACGACCCAUGAAUUGGUCAAUCACUAAGAAGCUUGUGCACACAGCAUUGUAUGGAAUGACAACCUUUGCUGCUCAGUUUAAUAGUACAACAAUGUCACCUACCGCUGGACAUUUGACGAAUGCAUACCCCAUCGGUCAAGAGGUGGCUACGUUAGCUACGUCUUUAUAUGUCUUAGGAAUAGCUUUUGGUCCCAUGGCCUUUGCGCCUUUUUCAGAAAUGAAUGGGAGAAAGAUGGGAGUCUUUUUACCUUUUUUUAUAUCCAUGAUAUUUACAACAGGGACUGCUAGCUCAGAUAGUGUAGCAGCCAUUAUGUGCACUCGGUUUUUUUCUGGCUUUUUUGCCGGUGCGCCUAUUGUCUCCACAGGUGGUGUCUUGGCUGAUCUUUGGAACCCAGCACAAAGGGCCACUGCUUUGGUUUUUUAUGCGUUCUUUGUCGUUAGCGGCGCUGACUUUGGUCCUAUUAUUAGCAGCUUACUUUCGAAAGGUUCAGAUACAGCUUGGAGAUGGCCACUAUGGUUUAUGGUGAUUGUCCAGUCUGUUAUUUUGCUUGUUUGUAUGUUAGUCGUCGAUGAAACUUAUGUUCCUGUAAUUCUAGCUCGUAAAGCUCGAAAUCUACGUCUUUCUACAAGGAAUUGGGGGCUGCACGCUGCUCAUGAACAAUACAAGUUAGACGCAAAAGAGUUUGUUACCUUUCAUCUUUUGCGACCUUUUGCGAUGCUGGCAACGCCAAUUGUCUUUUUCAUAGCUCUAUUUGCUAGUUAUGUAUAUGGAAUCCUUUAUAUAGUUUUGACUACAAUUCCUUAUACAUUUUAUAUGUCAAGAAAUUGGCAGGGAACAGUUGGUACACUACCCAUGAUUGCAAUGUUUAUUGGUGUGCUAAUUGGCGGAACUUUUAAUAUUUUAUGGAAUAGAAAAUAUGCAAAAUUACUUUGGGAAAAUGGCGGUGAGCCUCUUCCCGAACAGAGAUUACCGUUGAUGAUGAUGGUAGGCUGGCUUAUGCCAGCUGGUAUAUUUAUUUUUUCUUGGACUUCAGAUGCCAAUAUCCAUUGGAUAGCACCGUUUAUUGGUAUAUCCAUGAUAGGUAUUGGAUUUUUCGUAAUUUUCCAAGGAUGCUUAAAUUACCUUGUGGACACGUUUACAAAGUUUGCUGCAUCGGCUAUUGCUGCGAAUACAUUUACGAGAUCGAUCUUUGGAGGUACUUUUCCAUUAUUUUCUCGUAUCAUGUUCAAGAAGUUAGGCGUUCACUGGGGUGGAACUUUAGUAGGAUUUAUUGCUCUUGGAAUGAUUCCAAUUCCUUUUAUACUAGAUAAUUUUCUAUUAGAAGCAGGAAUGCAACUUAACUAA